AUGAUAUAUGCAGACCACCAAAGGUGCCGGGAGCUGGCUCGUCCAGAUCUCGUCAACUUCUCCGUCUCGGUCUUUAUAGUCCUGGGCAUACUCGUCUCGUACCUCCCGCAACACUACAAACUAAUAUCGCGACGCUCCUCGCGGGGUCUCAGCCCUCUGUUCGUCCUCCUCGGCACAAUAUCCGGCACAGCUAGCAUUGCGAACAUCUUGACACUGCCUGAGAGUACAAGAGACAUGGCGUGUUGCAAGGAGAUUGGCAAGUUCCCGUGCGCAGCCGCGUUGCUGGGUAUUGCACAGAUUGGCGUGCAGUGGACGUGUUUCUUCUUCAUCAUGCUCCUUUUCCUCAUCUUCUUCCCCCGGAACCCACCAGCCGCUGAAGAGGAACAAGACACCAACAUGCCCACCUGGAAAGAAGCUAUUCUCGUCCUCGCCCUCUCUUUGACCUUCUUCAUCAUCGCAUUCAUCGGCUCCAUCGUCUUCGUCUACGCUCUACCUUCCCACGUUCGUGGCUGGGCUAACUUUCUCGGUCUUUUAGCCACUGCACUUGCCGCUGUACAGUACAUACCGCAGAUCAUCAUGACAUGGAGACUGCAGGAGACUGGUAGCUUGUCGAUACCUAUGAUGUGUAUACAGACGCCUGGGAGUUUUGUCUUCGCGGCAAGCUUAGCUACAAGAUUAGGCCCAGAGGGCUGGAGCGCGUGGGGACUGUUUAUCUUCACGGGUUGCUUGCAAGGUUGCUUACUCGUAAUGAGCUUAUGGUUUUGCUGGAGGGACAGGCAAGCACAAAAGAGUGUGGAGGAAGGUCCUAUUCGGGAUCAUGAGCAGACGCCGCUGUUACGUGAUGGCAGAGACAGCUGA